AUGCGGUUUCUUUUUUUUGUUCGGGAUCUCGGAGUUGAAUUGCUAGGGACGGGGGAAGAGGGAAUGGAAAAUGGAAAGGAAAAUGGAAAGGAAAAUGGAAAGGAAAAUGGAAAGGAAAAUGGAAAGGAAAAUGGAAAGGAAAAUGGAAAGGAAAAUGGAAAGGAAAAUGGAAAGGAAAAUGGAAAGGAAAAUGGAAAGGAAAAUGGAAUACUUUCGAUUUGCAAGAUGAUGUGGUUGUUAAUUAUUAAUUAUUGA